GGUCGCACGGCGGUGAGACGAGGAACCGCGAAGUUGCUGCCCUGAGGGCUUUGCCAAGAUGGCGGCCGCGGGGCCGCCGCUGACAUGGGAUAUUCCACCAAAAAAUGGCCAAGAAGUAUUUUUCUCCCAUGAACUUUAUGAAAAAUAUUCCUUGUCUCUGAGCCUCUCUGAACUCUGGCACUUAUCAAACAGAGAGGCAAAGAAAAAUGUGGAGGCAUUGGCAAACUCUUCAGAAAACAGACAGGCUUGUAGCAUGCAGGCUGCAGAGUCACUUGAGGGGGAGGCUAAAAGCUCAGCUGAUGAGCAUCCUCUCCCAGAUCCCAGACUCCCCUAUCCAUUUACCUCUUGUUUGACUGAGAAGGAGCAGAAGAUGUACUUGUAUCUGAUGACUAAGUUCUCAAAAAUAAGAAACCAUUUCCAAGUUAAUGAAGCAAGCCAAAGGGAAUUUUUCACAUAUAUGCAAAUGAAAGAAGUAGUAAACAAUGAAAUUGCAGAAUUUAUGAAAUUUGCCCAAAACGCUGCAAAGAGCUGCGCCCAAGAUUAUGAUGCCAUCUCUGAAGAUGCCCUGCGUUACACUGAGGAAUUGCUACAUGCAUGUAUUGGACAUGUGCAGAAGUAUCCAGAGUUUUACACCCUGCAGGAGAUCAUGAGUAUCAUGGGAGGAAAGUUUCAUACACAGCUGACCUUUAGGCUAGAAAAAAGUCUUCUUGCAAUGGGUACAGCAAGACGUGGUAAAACAGAUUUCCCUUCCAUGCCUGUUCAGCUGCCCACUGAUUAUAGCACUGUUACAUCUAUUAUAACCCCAGAAAAAAAGGCUCAUGUUAUGCAUAACAAUAUUAGUUCAGAUUCAAAUGCAGAAAAACUUGCUUUGAAAUAUUGUCCUCAAGUUGUUUUAAGUAAUCAGUCAUUAUUUACUUUACUGAAUAAUCAUGGACUGAACUACAAGGAACAGUGGGAAAUUCCAGUUUGUGUUAAAAUGAUCACUGUUGCAGGUAACAAACCAGCUAAAGUGGUUUAUGUUGAUCCACCUCUACUGAGAAAAGAAAUGACAGUACGAGAGAGGAAUCAAAUGUUCCAUGAAGUUCCAAUGGAUUUCCUAGCAACUAAAACAUCUUAUGUUCCAAUUUCUGAUGUAUCAAUGGACAAACCAACUGAGGACAACAUGUUUCAGUGGGAUGUGUGUUCUGACACCUACCAGUGCAGGACAGUUCCUCCUCCAGAUGACACAGGGAUGGACUUCGAUGAUGAUGUUACAGAGCUUGAAACUUUUGGAGCAGCAACCAAGCUCUCAAGAGCUUGUAAAAUGGAAACUACCUUUCCUGCAGCUACUAACACUGCUAAAAUUUUAUCUCAUGGCCUAAAAACGGAGGGGAAGAAUUCAUCUGCCAUAAACAGAGGAGAUGAAGAAGAGAAAAACACCCUUUCUGAGCAAGAAGGUUCAGCAUGUGCCAGCAUGCAGCUUCCAUCAUUAGAUGGCAUUCCACGCUUCAGCCCUCAGGAACAUUCUCCAUGUAAAAGCUUUCAGUCAGUGGAGGUAGGACUGAACAAAGCACUGGAUGUCGUUUCUAAGGAAGUAUUGGACAAUGAAACAAAAUUAAAUCCUUUGUCUGUUGCAGUGAGUUCUGAGAAAGAGCCUGAUGCUGCACAGAAAAAAGAGACUUACACUUCUUUAUGUGAUAGUGACACGGAUGAAGAGCGCUUGGUGAUUGAUUCAGAAUGUGAAACCACUGCUUCUUGUGAACCAGCUGUACCAACUGCUGUUUCUUCUACCUCAGCAGAGACUGCCAGAGCUCCUUGCCCCAUCCAGAGUCCUUUAGCAAGCAUCACUGACUGCUCAAAUACUAUGGAUCCGGGGAAAAAAGCCUCCAAGAAACCUCCAAGAAAGUUAUCCAAAGAAUUGGAUCCUGUCGGGCAAAUUUUGAAAAUGCAAACUGAACUUCUCAAGUCCCCUUCCCAAAAAGCUCAUGAGCCAGUGAUGAGCUGUGAUAAUUCUAAUGCUGUGCCAGCCCAGCUGCCUCAGUCUCCAAAAACAUUGGUGACCUCCAGCACAGAAACUGUGCCAGCCCCAGCCUCCAAUCCCCCUGGCUCCUCUAGAAAUACCUGGACGUGGCUUUUCAAGGGAGUGCCAAAGACAAAGCUGCCAAGUGAACUUCAGCUGCUUGAGGAAGACCCUUCAGAGUAUCAAGCACCUGAGGAAGGCAAUGUUGUGUACAAGCUCUUCAGUUUGAAUGAUCUGUUGUUACUCGUGCGUUGCAGUGUGCAGAAAGUCAAGUCACUGACACAAUACCAGAAAAAGAAAAAAGCCCAAAAGCCAACUCCCAUAUUCCUGUUGCCAAAAGUAGAGUACCAAGCCUACUACGGUGUUGAAGCUCUUACAGAAAGUGAAGUGUGCCAGCUGUGGACACAGAGUAUGCUGCAUUCUAAAUGCUUAUUUUAUAUUGGACAUAUUGAUGCUUUUACAUCAAAGCUUAUUAUGCUAGAAAAGAUUUCUCCAGCAACUUUAAGAGAAAAACUUGGAUUGAUUAAACCUGCAAAUUCAUUAAAUAUACUUCAUCAUGUUUUGAAGAAGGUGUCUGAUUUGGAGGAGGGCUCUUAUUUAUUGACUCAUGCUGCAGGAGAUUCAUCUGUUGCAAUUUACAAGAGUUCUCUUGACAAGAGCACGAGAUCAUCCUAUAACUUGCACAAAGCUCACUGUGAUCUGCCUGCUGUACCUGCCACUCUCUCAGUCCCAUGGGUUCCCCUGGAUCCCAGGCUCCCUUUGCCCUACCACAUAAUUCAUGGAAGAGUUCCGUGCACCUUUCCACCUGCACCCCGGGAAGGGUGGAAACAGAAGAUGGCUGGGGUGAAAGGACAGUCGGACACACCACAUGAGGGAAGGCCAGUAGCUAUGGAAACAAAAGGCAAGCCAGCUAAGCCUGUUAGAAAUGAAGGUGUGGCUCCAAAGAAGCUGAGGAAGAAUUUCUGCAAGCAAAGUAAAGUGAAGAAAAAGUGGAAAACUAAAUUCAACAAAAUGCAACUGAAGUAGGAAUAAGCCUGAAGAAGAACAAGAGGACACAAAAAAUCUGAGGUUUCCUGCAGCUUCAGAGGAGCCAGAGCAAGCUGGCAGGGGAAAUGGCUCCAGUAGCUGAAGCAUUCUCUAAACCUUUAACCCUUUGGUACCUCAGGGAACAUGUUUCAAGUGAAAAUCUCAAAAUCAGAGGAAAAAAGCAUGUGGCUGCAGCCACUUGGCUGGUUAUGGGGAGCAGAGUAUCUUCUGGUGGUCUGGUGAUUUUUAUAGAAAAGCUGCAUCUUGAACAGUGAAGCAGUGGCUGACAACAACCUCUAACACCAUGUAAUGAGAAAAAUAGCUUUUCAGCUUUCCCAGUUCUUCCAGAUUCACUACAGAUUUUUGUUCUCACAUAUUUUAAAGAUAUAUUUUACUUCAUGCAUUGUGUAUAGGAGGAACAACUUGGAUUUAAUUACCUAGCUUUUUUGACAUAUGGUGUCUACUGACUUUUAAAUAACUCACAAAAAUACAUUUUUAGAAUGGUGUAACAAAUGAAGGACAAAAGCUGUGUUUAUUUGAAUAGUAAGGGCCAUAAAUUUGCAUUGGAAAACUUAAAAGUACAGCUAAAGAAGUGAAACAAUAACAGGAGAGCUACAUUUUUGCAUGUUUAAACUGCUGUCACAAAAAGCAGAGGUCUUAAAGGUGUUCUUCCAAGUCUUUUGUUUGGACUGAGGAAGUUACCAAGUACACACAUCUGAUCAAGCAUUCUCACUGGGACUUGAUAGGACGUGUUUUAAUGUCAUGAGGAUAAAAAUAAAAAAAAAAAUUGUUUACUGGAGUAUACCUGCUAAAAAAUCCUGAAGGUAGGGAUUUUUUUUAAAUCAGGCUUCAAUAAUGAAUGUAUAUUAAAAACUUCUUUGUGAAAUACAAA